GCUCGGUUCAGUUGCUGUUCGUACGUCGGGCCCCGUUGAUACGUUACGCGGCCUCGUCCCGAAAUUCAUUCGAAAAUUAUUCCUUUACAUUAUACUCGCAGAGACAGCGACGUAACAAAAGAGAGGGAGAGGGAGAGAGAGAGAGAGAGAGCGAGUCUGACGUGCCGCGUCAGACAUUAACUCUCGACACGACGCGUUCAUCAUUCUUAUCCUUCCCCUCUCUUUCUCUUCUCUCGCGCUUCGACCACGUUAACGAGCAUCAAACCGAAUUCGAAUCGUGCGAUCGACGGACAAACGGUGAAUCGUGGUGAGGUGUCGAUACUCGGUGGGUUGCUUCCUAACCCCCCUCCGAAUUAUCGGUGAUCGGAAAAGAGACGUAGGAAACGGGCAAGGAGAAAUUUGGAGGAAAAGCGACGCCUCCGCAAGAAGGAAAAAGACGAUCGACCAAUAAGCGCGUGCUUCCCGCGCUAUUGGCCCCGUCGGCAUAACCAAAACAACCACGGAAUCGAACGAAUCUAGUCGAUUUCCGGAGUGGAUUUUCAGUGCUGAAUCGAGAAAGAUACGUGAUCGAGAAUGGCGGUGUUCGGAUUGGUGUCCGCGGUCGCGGGCUUCGUCAAGGUACGAUACCUCGUGGACAAGGCGAUCAUCGAUAACAUGAUCUUCCGGGCACAUUACAGAAUCACUUCUGCGAUUCUGUUCGCCUGCUGCAUCAUCGUAUCCGCUAAUAAUCUAAUAGGUGAUCCCAUAAACUGUCUGAGCGACGGAGGGGUGCCGGACAAUGUGAUAAACACCUACUGUUGGAUCACGUACACGUUCACGUUGCCUCACAACAACGCGAAACCAGUGGGCACCCACGUAGCUCACCCUGGUCUUGGCACCGAUAUCGGGGAGAAGAGGUAUCACUCGUACUACCAGUGGGUGCCGUUCAUGCUAUUCUUCCAAGGUAUUCUAUUCUACAUACCCCACUGGAUAUGGAAGCAAUGGGAAGAGGGCAAGGUCAGAAUGAUAUCCGAGGGCAUGAGGGGAGCCUUGGUCGAUAACAAGCCCGAACGACAGGCCAAGUCACAGCGACUGGUCAAAUACAUCUACGACACGUUGCACCUGCACAAUACCUAUGCGGCUGGUUACUUCUUCUGCGAGGCUUUGAAUUUUGUUAACGUGGUGAGCAAUAUAUUCUUCAUCGACACGUUCCUAGGAGGUGCAUUCUUAUCGUACGGUACAGACGUGUUGAAAUUCAGCAACAUGAAUCAAGAACAACGUAUCGAUCCCAUGAUCGAGGUUUUUCCACGUGUGACCAAAUGUACCUUCCAUAAAUUCGGUGCUUCUGGAACCAUUCAAAAGUUCGAUGCCCUCUGCGUCCUCGCCUUGAAUAUUCUUAACGAGAAGAUUUAUAUUUUCCUCUGGUUCUGGUUUAUUAUUCUGGCAGUACUAUCUGGAGUCGCUUUGCUGUACAGCAUGGCUGUUGUCUUGUUGCCUAGUACUCGAGAGACCAUCCUUAGGAAACGGUUCAAGUUUGGUACAUCGACUGGUGUCAGUGCGCUCAUCAGGAGAACACAGGUCGGUGAUUUCUUGUUGCUUCAUUUGCUCGGACAAAAUAUGAACAUAAUGAUGUUCAACGAAGUGCUGGACGAGCUGUGUCGUCAACUCCACCUGGGUUCCACCAGCGGUGCGUCGCCAACGUCGGUGCCGUCCGCACCCAGCACCCUCGAAAUGUCACCAAUUUACCCGGAGAUCGAGAAAUACGCGAAGGACACGGAGAUCUAAUAUCGAACCCCUCUUUCGAUCACAUCUUUGCCUUCUCUUUUGUAUUGUGAUAACGCCGAGGGUGAUCUCCGACACCUUUCGGUCUCGUGAGAUAAGGUUUCUGCUAUGGAUGGUUAAUACACCGCAAACCGGAAUUCUUGCCACUUAUUGACAGAAAAGAUAAAAAUUAUACUAAAUGUUCAACUCCUUGCAUUUAAAAUUAUCGUAAUUAAUACUUUGACUUUCAUGGAAAUUUUGCACGAGUUUGCGUUCUACACCGUUCAUAGCUCGAGCCAUUGUUAGAUUAACAAACGAAUGUGUAACGUGGAUUAACGCUGAAUAAUUUUUGUCACUGUUAAAUUUCGCCAUCGUCGCGACAGCGUAAACGAUUUCCAUGCAAUUAUCAAUCGAAAAAUCGAUCAUUAGACGGUGAUUCAGAAUUCCUAUCUGCGUUACACGUUCACAUUCCUUCUUUUGUAUUAUUAUCGCAUGCUGCGAAGAGACAAGUGCCUUUCAACGAGGAUAUUAUCGAGUUUCGUUCAACUGAUCUUCAACGAAGCACAGUAAUAUUCCUCAACGUUGUCGAAUAAUAAUAUUCUUCAAAUACGAACGAAGAGGAUUCUGGUUCGUAAGAGAAACGUGGUAUUGCAAAAAUUAUAUAUAUAUUUUUUUUAAAUGUAGGAAAAGAUAUUCUAAUAAUCGUAGAAUUAAAAAUUUUCUAGAGGUACAAAUUGCCGGGGAAAGAAAAGUGGUAUAUCAUAAACGUAAACGUGGUACGUUUGAAACAUGCUUAUUGAAAAAUUCUUUUAAUAUCUAAGCUAACAUUUAUUUUGAAAAUACCACGUGUUAAAAGGCAACAGGAACGAACCUUCGUGGUUGUUUUAAGUUUUUUUUUUAUAUGCAUAUGCAAUUGGUGCAAUUAUCGUAGGAAAGUUAAAAAAAAAAAAAAAAAAGAAUUUAGUAUAAUAUGUAUAUGAAAUUUUGUUAUCAAAAUUUUACGCAUUUAGGGGCAUUCCCAGUUAUUUACGUUAAUGAUUCGCCAUAAAGUAUCUUGUGGUUGACUAGUAGUAAAAAUGCAAGCUCGAUGCAAGCUUAUCCUUAAAAUUAAUUAGUGAAAAGUUUGUGAAUAGACUUGAUUUAAGUAAAGUUUCUUAUUAUAUUCUACUUAAAAAUGAAAUUGGACGCGUAUCGGUUUGGAAAUAUUCCAAUAUAACUUUCCACGAGUUUUCUUUUUCUCACGAGAAACUUUCUCUGAAAAUCAAAGUUGGAAAUAAGCCAUUCGAAAUGAUGCAUAAUAACGCUGAAAAUCCACGUGUCUUCGCAGCUAAAGAUCAAUGUUAAACGCUCAUAUUCUUUUUUUUUCUUGCGAGAAUGAUAUACUGGGUGUUCGAAAGUUGAACGAUCGAGCUUUGUUGUUACAUUCUACGAAUAGAAACGAGAACUAGGCGUUGUUUGUUCCUGCUUUUACUCACAGAACACGUGAGGUUCGAUCGUUCAGCUUCGGAACAGCCUAUAUAAUGCUGCCGUUAAUAGAUAUAGAAUGACAAAUAAUAACUUUGUGAGUAUUUGGUUUAGUUUAUUAUACUAUUAGUCGCGUUUCAAGUGAUAUAUUAUAUUACAUGUACAGGAUAUUUCAUAACACACGGAGCUCCUAAGAGGGAUCCGUUUGUUUUGAAGGAGCCUGUAUAUAAGUUACGAUAGAUGUUUAAGACAAACGAGACAGAUGUGCCUUUUUCAUAGAAUAAUACCGAGAACAGUGUAGAAUUUAUACGUUAAGACAAUGCUCAUUGAACGACGAUUGCGCCGAAACGAAGACUGCCAGCAGAAGUGCAACGUUCGACCAUUAAAAAACGGAGCAAAAGAAAAAAAAAAGACAGAAUUUAUAAUAAUAAAGAGUGGUAUUACUCUC